GUUGGGAAAAAGAACCCGGAUGAGCCGGAAACCGGAGUCGGCGUACCCUGGUUGGUAAGGAAGUGGAACUCCCACCGGAGGGUCGGACAUGGCGGAAUUGGCCGAGGCCGACGAGGCUGAAUUACAGCGUUUGGUGGCGGCAGAGCAGCAGAAGGCGCAGUUCACUGCACAGGUACACCAUUUCAUGGAUUUGUGCUGGGAUAAAUGUGUUGAAAAACCAGGAAGUCGUCUAGAUUCCAGAACUGAAAAUUGCCUGGCUAGUUGUGUGGACCGAUUCAUUGAUACCACUCUCACCAUCACAAGUCGAUUUGCUCAGCUUGUACAGAAAGGAAGCCAGUAGGAGAACCCUUAUCGCUGCCCUAAGUGGGGGAAAUGAAUGGAAAAACAAAAAGAUCUGUAACUGAACAGUUUAUGUACCAUAGGAGAAGUCUAUGAAAGGGUAAAGAAAUCAUGAACAGAUCAACUUGGGAUCUGUGGCUAAACCUGUAUUUAUUUUAAAAGAAUGAAAUGUUCAAAAAGUGAAA